AAGGUUUCUGUACGUCAUCUGGCAGCAUUGUUGCGCAUCUAGAUGGUCACGUGGCUCUCUUCCCGCCGUCAGCUGCUGGGUGCCUCCUUGUCAGUCAAGUAUUUUAAGCUCAUGUAUAAUACCCAGUGACUCAUGCGCUCUACUCUCAAUGUGAAAUCAGCUUAUAUCCUUAUGUGUGCCUCAUAAUAGAGCGAGGGAGGCAAAGAACACCUGGGAGACGAGGAAGUAGCAGGUCACAUCAUCACCAGGUCCUGUCAUCACCAGAUCUCACCACAACAUCUUGGGUCAUUUAUGUGAAUUAGUGCAGCGAUGGACGGCCGCAACGGGUCAAAGCCGAUAUCAAGAAUCCGCAUCCUGAGUCUAGGAAACCCUGGUGUGGGGAAGAGCUGCCUGAUCAAGAGGUACUGCGAGAAGAGGUUCGUCAACAAGUACAUCCCCACAGUGGGCAUCGAUUAUGGCUCCACGGCAGUUGAGGUCGAUGGCAGAAAGGUGUCGGUGCACUUCUUUGACACCUCUGGCAGCCCACUGUUUGAGGAGGUUCGGAGUGAGUUUUACCGAGACAUGCAGGGGAUCCUUCUGGCCUACGAUGUGACAGACAGGUCCUCCUUCAUCGCCCUGGACGCCUGGCUGGCCGAGCUGAGGCACAACCUGGGACCAAUGGACGAGUGGAGUGUGGCGGUGAUAGUGUGUGGCACCCGCACUGACACAGGAGGCACUGGGGGUCGGCAGGUGUCUGAGGCGGAUGGCAAGGGAUGGGCAGAUAAGCACAAGUUCUCCCACAUCCUGACCUCUGCUGCCCUUGGGAAUGGCAUCACUCAGGCCUUUCAUACACUGUUCGUGCAGGCGCUCCAGUUGAAGGAUGGCAUCCGGUCACCAGGCGGAGCAGUGGAUCCUGAGGUGUUGCAGGCCAUCCACCGUCUCAUCCACGUGAAUGACGACUUUGAGAAGAUGGGACUCACCCGCCGAUCCAUCUCAAAGGAGGAGGUAAACAAGUCAUACCGGCGGCUGGCAGCUCUCGUUCACCCUGACAAGUGCAAGGCAGCAGGUGCAGAGGAGGCUUUCAAGGCGCUGACACAAGCCCGCAACAACCUUCUAAAGAUCCUUACCGAGACCACUGUGUAGCUUAUUCCUUAGUCCUUGUGCUUGCUUACUCCUUAUCCUCAUCUGUGAAGUCUCUUCUUACAUGUUGUCUUGUUUGUGACUGAAUUUUGUCUGUCUUUCAGUUCGAGUGAGUCUUGUGCUUGGGUAUUUGUAAUUUUAUAUACGAACACCAAAUAUGUGAUAGCUUUCUACUGUUGUUGCUUGGGAGUGAGUGCUUCCCAUCCUUGAAGUGCUGAGUGCUUCUAGUUUGUUCUUAGCAAGCUUACCUUCUGUAUGUUUGUAUGUGUGUGUGUGUGUGUGUGUGGAGUGAGGGGAGUAAGGAGUGGUGGAGGGUGGGAGGGGAUGAGGGAGAGAUAAUCUAGUUUUUGUGCAUACUAUUGUGUGGCAGAGCUUUCAUUUUUUUCCACCCAGUUGUCUCGGUUGUGUCUUGAGUCCAUAGCACGUGUCGGCUUGUUUCUGGAGGCUUCAGUGGGUGGUGUGGCUUGCAGGUUUAAAAGUGAUGCAUGCAGGCUAAGGAUCAUAUUCUGAAAUGCUUCUUUACUGCACCUUGCUACUUUGAAAAGCCUCUAGAAGUUACACAGGUUUUCAAGGGUGUUUUUAUGGUUCUAGUGACAGAUUAGCAAGAUUUCCACAUUAUCAACUGGAGAAACACUCUCGAGACCCCAGCUAAUUGUACCUGUGGCCUUUGAAAAUAGUUGUGGUGAGAGAGCAAAGGGUUUUUGGAUGCUGACUUGACCUGUGUGAGUGUUCUGUCUGUUCUAGUGAGGUGAGUGCCUGCUGUGUGCUGUGGAUGGACUCUGCUGCCUCAAGUACAGUACAUGACAUAAAAAUUGUCAAUGAAGAUGCAUCAAGUUUAUUUAUCUAUGUUAUUUAUUUUUUAAAAGGGUUACUGGCCAUGGGUAUAAAAAAAUGGGUUGAAAAAAAGAAAAGAGGCCCAUUGAAGAUCCCAUGUCAGCCCCAAAAGAGAACAGUUGAAAAGAAUAUCUGGAAAAUUACGAGAAAUGUUUUGAAAUGUUUACUAAGUUUAAGAUGCCAGUUUGGUCUAUAAGCCUAAAAUCACAACAUCUAGUCAACACUAUAGAAAAAAAUGGAUAAGGUGAAAAGAAUAUACUUUCACCAUUCCUUGUACGUGAAAUUAUAAGAAAUGAAAGGUUAUGUUACAGU